UACAGGGAUGUCAUGCAGGAGAACUACGAGAUGGUGACCUCGCUGGGAUUUCCCAUUUCUAAACCUGACCUGAUUGUUUGGCUGGAACAAGGGGAAGAGCCAUGGGUGCCGGAUCUCCAGGCCUGCGAGGAAAGAAGGCUUCUGAGAUGCCCCCAUUCAGCAGGUGCUGAGCGAGGGAGUGAGAAUGAGGAGGAGACUCAUCAUGAGGAAGAUCCCGGGGAAGUGGAACCACAGGGGACCUUUGUGGGAAGAGCUGAAGGGAAUUUUUCCCAGUGCUUGGAGCAGAGAGAAUCCUGGGGAAAUUAUCACAGAUCAGAGAGGGUUCUGGGAAAGCUCCCAGGGAAGAAAGUGGAUGAAUCUAUUAACGGUGGGGAAAAAGAGGAGGAUCCCACAGCACAGCAGACAAAUCCCAAGGAAGAGACGCCCUGGCACUACCUUCAGUGUGGGAAAGGAUUCACUGUGAGAUCACAGCUUGUGACACAUCAGACAAUCCAUACUGGAGAGAAUCCCCUUCUAUGCUUGGACCAUGGGGAAAGCUUCAGUAAGCUCUCCGAUGUUAAUAACCACGGGAGAAGCCACACUGGAGAAAAACCCUCUCACUCCCUCGAGUGUGGGAAAUGUUUCAUUUCGAAGACGCAAAUAAUUAGACAUGAGUUAAGCCACACAGGAGAGAGACCCCACAAGUGCUUGGACUGUGGGAAAAGUUUCAUAAGAAGGUCACACCUAGUUCGUCAUCAGGCAUUACACACUGGAGCGAGACCCCACAAGUCCUUGGACUGUGGGAAAAGUUUCGUACAAAGAUCAAACCUUGUUAAGCAUCAGGCAAUCCACACAGGAGAGAGACCCCACAAGUGCUUGGACUGUGGGAAAUGUUUCAUACAGAGGUCACACCUUGUUGUACAUCAGGCAAUCCACACAGGAGUGAGACCCUACAAGUGCUUGGAGUGUGGGAAAAGUUUCAUAGAAAGGUCAGGCCUUGUUAGACAUCAGGCAAUCCAUACAGGAGAGAAACCCCACAAGUGCUUGGACUGUGGGAAAAGUUUCAUACGAAGGUCAGACCUUGUUAAUCAUCAGGCAAUCCACACAGGAGUGAGACCGUACAAGUGCUUGGAGUGUGGGAAAAGUUUCAUAAUAAAGUCAAGCCUUGUUGCACAUCAGGCAAUCCACACAGGAGAGAGACCCCACAAGUGCUUGGUCUGUGGGAAAAGUUUCCAAAGAAAGUCAAGCCUUGUUGAACAUCAGGUAAUCCACACUGGAGAGAGACCUCACAAGUGCUUGGACUGCGGGAAAAAUUUCAUACUGAAGUCACACCUAAGUCGUCAUCGGGCAUUACACACAGGAGCGAGACCCCACAAGUGCUUGGAGUGUGGGAAAGGUUUCAUAUGGAGGUCUGACCUCAUUAAACAUGGAAGAAUCCACACAGAACCUAAACUUCUGUGACACAUGGCAAGAAAGGUUUAAGCAACUUGCGUGUAAUUCACUCAGAUUCAACUUUUAGAGAGAGAUUUUAAGUUUGUCCACCUUAGAUAAGCUAGAGUUUGACAUGUAAUUGUGUAUUUUCAGAGACUUGAAAGAAGAGGGCAAGUCAUGUCUGAGUAACCUAAUUGCCUUCUAUGAGGAGAUAAGUGGCUCUGUGGAUGAGGGAAAAGCAGUGGAUGUGUUAUUCCUUGACUUUUGAGCUGUAUAUUU